AUGAGCAGGUGCUUGUGCGCCACGUCACAUGCCACUAAGGCCAUACCAGCCCCAAAAGGUGUCACGCUGCACCACGCUGUCGACCUCGGAUCGCCCACGUCACUCCAUACUCGCUGGCGGCUUGCUUCUCAAGCCGCUGUCGAAGUAAAUGGGGCCGCGUCGCUAGUCGUGGCGGAGGAAGAGGAGUGCGAGGGGGAGGCGGAGGACGGGUAUUGUAGCGCGCAGGAGUUUAGCUGCGAAGAGAAAGAACCCGCGGUGGACGAUUUGCGCGAUUCACGCGCAGAGGAGCCGCGGAAAGAACAGCAGGCGGCGUCGCCAGUGAUUACGUGGCAGCUCGUGGUUGGUCUGGUGCUGCGGCACAAACUGCGGCUGGUGGGGCUCGCCGUGGGUCUCAUCGCGGGGACGACGUGCAACGUGGUGCUGCCGCGCAUCAACGGUAACUUCGUGCAGGCGCUCGUGGCGCCCGUGCCCGUGCCGCUGGCGCAGCUGCUGCUACCGAUUGCGGCGAUCUACGUGCUGGAGCCGGCGGCCACGCUGCUGUUCGUGUCGUCGCUCUCCGCCGUGUGGGAGUCCGUCAUGGCCGCCGUCAGGGUCCGCGUCUUCCGCCGCCUGCUGCUGCAGAAGGUGGCGUUCUACGACGCGCACAAGGUGGCGGCGCUGAGCGGCGUGCUGUCGUCGGAGCUGGCGUUCAUGGACAAGGCCGUCACCGACAACGUCACGCGCGACCGCGGCCUCCGCUCCAUAUGCGAGGUGGUGUCGACGCUGGCGAUCCUGUUCGUCAUAGCGCCGGACCUAGCGCCGGUGUUUUCGCUGCUGGCGGUGGGCAUCUCGCUCAUCGCGGGCAUCUACAAGCGCGGCACGCUGCCCGUGUUCGCGCGCAGCACCGCCACCCAGGCGCGCAUCACCGACUCCGCCACCGAGACCUUCCAAGCCAUCCGCACCGUACGGUCGUUUGGAGGCGAGGCGCGGCAGCUGGGGCGGUUCGCAGGCCACGUGGCAGAGGCGCGGGAGACGGGCACGCGGCUGAGUGUGCUCAAGUCGACCAACGAGGCGCUGACACGUGGCUGCGUGUACAUCUCCCUCAUGUGUGUCUACAUCCUGGGCGGGCACAAGGUCCAAAUGGGCGGGAUGGCAGCGGGCACGGUGCUGGCGUUCGUGGGAUACACCUUCCUCCUCACCUUCGCUAUCCAGGGGCUGGUGAACACCAUGGCGGACGUGCAGAACGCGCUCUCUGCAGUGGCGCGCAUCAACGCCCUCCUCUCCGCCUCGCCCCCCGAACCCAACCUCUCCAUCCCCGAACCGCUCCCGGACCUCUCCGUGCCGCUUCCCCCCUCCACCCCUUGCCCCGAGCCGGCGGCCGUGGGGGUGGUGGGAGAAGCGGAGGAAAAGGAGGGGCUGAUUGCGGUGCAGAGAGGGAAUGGAGCGGUGGUGGGGGGCGGGAAGGGGUUGUCGGCGUGUGAGCUGGCAUGGACGGGCGACAUUGAGUUCAGAGGUAGCUCUCCUUCCUCCUGUCCAAUUGCUCUCUCUCCUCAACCACGUCCUCCCCCUUCCCUCCUUCCCUCGCCCACAGACGUGCGCUUUGCGUAUCCGCAGCGGGCGGCAGUGGAGGUGAUAAAGGGCAUCAAUCUCGUGCUGCCACGUGGCACUGUCACAGCGCUCGUGGGCGGCAGUGGCGCGGGCAAGUCCACCGUCGUGCAGCUGCUCUCCAGGUUCUAUGAGCCGGUAGCGGGCACGGUAUCACUGGCGGGCGAGGACAUAGCAUCAUUCGACCGCACGCAGUGGACGCGCGCAGUCUCCCUCGUGAGCCAGGAGCCCGUGCUCUUCGCCAUGUCCGUGCGCGACAACAUUGCCUAUGGCCUCCCAGACGCUGACGGGUAUGACACGAUGGUGGGGGAGAGGGGUGGGCUGCUCAGCGGCGGCCAGAGGCAGCGUCUCGCAAUAGCGCGAGCGAUACUGAAGGACGCGCCGAUUCUGAUUCUGGACGAGGCCACGAGUGCACUCGACAGCGUGUCGGAGCGACUCGUGCAGCAGGCACUGGAGGGGCUCAUGCAGGGCCGCACGACGCUGGUGAUAGCGCAUCGGCUGAGCACGGUGCAGGCAGCAGAUCAGAUCGUGGUCGUCUCGUCUCCAUGUCGUGAUCGGCGUGUCUCAUCCGCCCUCCUCGCUUCCCUGUCUCUCGCUCGCGCUCGUCCCGCCUCUUCUCCCGUUUCCCACGCCAGACACCGCCAUGGGCGGUCCCCGCGGCGCAGCCCAAAGGGGGACGACGCGGAACGACCGCGGGGAGCCCAAGCCUCCAACGGACGAGUUUUGCGCCGAGCUUCCACGGAGCGCGCAGCGACCAUGGACUCACUGCCGUCAGUCCUGCCGCUGGAUGCGGGAAAUGCGGCAGAGCAGCGGUCCCCCGGCGACUCACAGUCUCCGUGGCCAGCAGCCGACUUCCUCCGCGGCCCUUUUGACGGCCACGCGGCAGCGGAGCCGGCGAUCCGUCAGCAAGGGGCCGACGGGCGUGCCGCGGUGCCUGAGCUUCGACGGGUACCAGCCGCGCUCGGCGGAGUCGAAAUGGGCGAGCUCGCCCUGGGGAAGGGCGUAUUUGGGGGAAACGCGGCAGCCCGCGGAGGACCCGCGGACAUUGCGCCGUGCGCGGGAGCUUGA